GACGAACUGUCCCCGGGCGAGCCCCUGACUUCCCCACCCUGGGCCCCCCUGGGCGCCCCCGAGCGGCCGGAGCAUCUCCUGAACCGGGUUCUGCAGCGGCUGGCCGGAGGGGCCACCAGGGACAGCGCCGCCUCAGAUAUCCUGCUGGAUGACAUCGUCCUCACCCAUUCUCUCUUCCUCCCCACGGAGAAAUUCCUGCAGGAGCUACACCAGUACUUUGUUUUGGCAGGAGGCAGGGAGGGCCCUGAGGGACUGGGCCAGAAGCAGGCCUGUCUAGCCAUGCUCCUUCAUUUCUUGGACACCUACCAGGGGCUGCUGCAGGAGGAGGAGGGGGCCGGCCGCAUCAUCAAGGAUCUGUACCUGCUGAUUAUGAAGGAUGAGUCCCUUUACCAGGACCUCCGAGAGGACACACUGAGGCUGCACCAGCUUGUGGAAACCGUGGAGCUAAAGAUCCCAGAGGAGAGCCAGCCGCCCAACAAGCAGGUGAAGCCACUCUUCCGCCACUUCCGCCGGAUAGACUCCUGUCUGCAGACCCGAGUGGCCUUCCGGGGCUCUGAUGAGAUCUUCUGCCGCGUCUACAUGCCUGACCACUCUUACGUGACCAUACGCAGCCGCCUCUCCGCAUCUGUGCAGGACAUUCUGGGCUCUGUGACGGAGAAACUGCAGUACUCAGAGGAGCCUGCGGGGCGGGAGGAUUCCCUCAUCCUGGUAGCUGUGGCCUCUUCAGGAGAGAAAGUCCUUCUCCAGCCCACUGAAGACUGUGUCUUCACCACGCUGGGCAUCAACAGCCACCUGUUUGCCUGCACCCGGGACAGCUACGAGGCGCUGGUGCCCCUCCCCGAGGAAAUCCAGGUCUCCCCAGGAGACACCGAGAUCCACCGGGUGGAGCCUGAGGAUGUUGCCAACCACCUUACGGCCUUCCACUGGGAGCUGUUCCGCUGUGUGCACGAGCUGGAGUUCGUGGACUACGUGUUCCACGGGGAGCGCGGCCGGCGGGAGACGGCCAACCUGGAGCUGCUCCUGCAGCGCUGCAGCGAGGUCACCCACUGGGUGGCCACGGAGGUGCUCUGCGAGGUGCAGAUGACCUCAAGGAGCUCCACUCUGACACUCCUUCUUCCUUCAAACUCUCCGCAGAAGCUGCCAGGGAAAUUCAAGAACUUGUUCCGCAAAUUCGAGAACCUGACAGACCCCUGCAGGAACCACAAAAGCUACCGAGACGUGAUCUCCAAGAUGAAACCUCCUGUGAUCCCUUUUGUGCCUCUGAUCCUCAAAGACCUGACUUUCCUGCACGAGGGGAGUAAGACCCUGGUGGAUGGUUUGGUGAAUAUCGAGAAACUGCAUUCAGUGGCUGAAAAAGUGAGGACGGUCCGCAAAUACCGGAGCCGGCCCCUUUGCCUGGAUAUGGAGGCAUCCCCCCAUCACCUGCAGACCAAGGCCUACGUGCGCCAGUUCCAGGUCAUCGACAACCAGAACCUCCUCUUCGAGCUUUCCUACAAGCUGGAGGCGAAUAGUCAGUGAGAACAGACGUUUCAGUCAGCCCCGCAGGGUCCUCGGGCACCUGCCACUCAAGCACUUUGCACCGUGUCCCAACCCACCUCCGACAUCUUUCCCCUGGAGCAACUUCCCGCCCCACCACAGGGAAGAGAGAGUCGGAUGGACUUACUCUGGGACUCAUAAGCCUGUUUAUCCUGCUGAAGUCCUCUGCCCCCUUGCUCCUUCAAGCCCAGACCACGCUCUGCUGGCCCCUGCCCUCCCAGGGAAAAGGGGCACAGAGCUCUUUCCUCUGCCCCUUCCCAUCGAGGUCUAUUCCCGAGUAGAGUUCCCAACCUCCUCUUCCCACGCAGCAAGGAAAGUGGCCCACCCUCUGGUCCCCCAUUGGGGGAGGCCUGGCAGCCUUCCCCUCCACCCCCUGUUCCAGUUCCCCCGGGUCGGGGCUGGGCCCCCUGGCUGCACCCUCUGAGUAUUAUGUUGCCCUCGUGUCUGUGUGCGUGUGGGCAUGUGUGUACGUGUGCCCCCCUUCAAGGAGCAGAAGUGCACCUGGUCAUUGAGGCAGGGUGUUGUGUGUGCUAGGGGGGUGAGGGGGAAGGUCCUUCUGUUUGGUGCUACCCUUGUCUACUCUGCCCCUGGGUCAGUGCAUUGUGGGUGCUUUCCCCAGGCCCACACUCCCUGCUCAGUUACUCCUGCUGCCCUGCACCCCCGGGUUUGUGGGCGAAGCUGCUGGUGGGGACAGGGAGCAGCGGCAGGUGGGAGGGGUUACCCACCAGCCCUCGGGAACCCCCGCACCCCAGCCAGGCCUCCUGAAGGUCCCUGGGUGGGCUCCACUGAGAGGAUAAAAGAUGCUCAGGGAAACACAGGCCUACGCUGCCUCUAGGACCCGCCUUCUGUGUUCCAGGGGGAUGUGGUGAGGUGGUAGCAGGAGUUAGGGGUACCUGCCGCCCACACUCCUUCUGGGGUGUCUCACUGCUAAGGAGGGAGUCGUCACCCCCCUCUGGCUCUGUGUCUGACACUAAGAACAUGAUCUAUCCUUUGCCCUGUCCUGACUCCCUCUUGGUCCUCCCCGUCAAGCUGGGGUGGGGUGGAUCCCUGUCCCUGGGGGCAGGCAGACCCCCAAAGUGGGGGAAGGAAUGGCGGAGACUAUAAAGGCAGACUGGACUCUAGCGAUGCCUUUAUUGCCUCUGUCACCCCUCCCGCUCCCAUCGCGGGCCUCCCAGGCUGAGGGGUGCAGGGGCUCCUGGCAGCUAGUGGGUGAGAUUGCCAGGCGCAGCCUCACCCUCCUUUCUGGCACCACCUCUUUCCCUUCUGAAGAGGCAGCAGCAGCAGCAGCAGCCGAAGCAGCAGCUGCUGUUCCUGCUCUGAGGAUGUAUAUAUUUUUUACCCAAAGCUCUGGAAUUGUAAUUUUAUUUUUUAAAACUCAAAAGAGGGAAAGAGCCUUGUAUCAUAUGUAAACAGUGUACCAUA